CAAAGCAAGGGAGAUUACUUAGUAGUAGCUGCUAGUCAAAUUGGUUUAGCUCAAGAAUGUGAAAGCAAUGGAAACUAUGAAAUGGCCUUUGCUUAUUAUAAAAUUGGCGUUGAUGUACUUAUACAAGGUGUUCAAGGCGAUACAGAUAGAUACAGACAAGAUGCUGUAAGAAGAAAAACUGCUCAAUAUUUACUACGUGCUGAAGAAAUAUAUAACAAUAAUUUAUCUAAGGAAAUAUUAGGCACUAUUGAUAAUGUUAUUUUAGUCAUGGAUAAAUUAUCAGAUGAAACUUUUGUUAUAAAGACUGUUCAUAAAUCAAGUGCUGUAUUAGACCAAAAAACCUGCUUACUGCCAACAUCAAGUCCCUAUAUGUGCAAUUUGUUAAAAUUCUUUGAAACAGAAAAUGCUGUUUAUUUGUUAUUACAAUAUGCCUCUGGGGGUAAACUGUGGAACUAUAUUGGUGCUUAUUUACAUGGUAGAACUAAUAGUGGCUUUGAUGAUGGACUUGUUGGUGGUGAUGGAACAGAAACUAAAAAUGUGUAUACAGGCCAUCAACUAACUACAGAAACCAUAACUGAUAUUGGCACAUCUGAUGUGAAAACUACUGAAGACAUUAAACCUAAAACUAAAUCUAAUACUAGUACAUCAGAACAUAUACCAAGUAUACCAGAAGAAAUACCAAGUUUAGAUGAUAUAACCUCAGCAGUUGUUUCACCCAGUUCUGAUGAUGUGUUUGACUGUGAUCAGCAAGCUGAUGAUCAGGAUGCUAAUGAUAUCAUCAGAUCAUCUAAAGCCUUAAUUCAAUCAGUAGAUAAGGUUCUGUCUGAUUCUGAUCGUGUCUUUAAUAAAGAGGUAAAGUCAAAAAGACUGUCUGGAAAUAAUUGUGUUGAACCUGAACAAGUUAAACUAUUAGAAUCCUGUAUAAGACAAUGGGCUUCCGAAAUUGUAGUGGCUGUUUCAAAAUUACAUCAUGUUGGUAUCAUUUGCAGAGAUCUUAAUCCUAAUAAUAUAUUACUAGGAGAUAAUGGACAUAUUAUGUUAACAUAUUUUUCACGUUUACCACAAGUUGAUGAGGUCAUAAACCAAGAAGCAGCAGAAGAACUGUAUGUUGCUCCAGAGGUUUUGUCUGUAAAUGGUUUUGAUGAAACUUGUGAUUGGUGGAGUUUAGGAGCUCUUCUCUAUGAGUUAUUAGUUGGCCAGACAUUAUUGAUGUGUCAUCCAGGGGGAAUUAACUCACAUACUAAUUUAUACAUCCCAUCACAUGUAUCACAAGAAGGACAAGGUCUUCUUCAAGAGUUGUUACGAUUUAAUCCAAAAGAAAGACUUGGAUCCAGUAUAGAUGGUGUUGAAGCUAUUAAAUCUCAUCCAUUUUUUAAUGGCAUAGAUUGGAACGCAAUAGAGGGCAGUUGA